AUGAAACUCCUCUCCCCCCUAACCCUCCUCAUCCUCCCCCUCCUCACAGCCGCACAAACCACGACAGAAGCCAUCCUGGUCCCACCGCCCUUCUCCACCAACCCCGCGGAAUGGACAUCCAUCUACAACUCCCUCGUCUCCGAAGGCCGCAUCCCGUCCACGCUGACCGCGCCUCCGCCCUGGGCGACGGGAGAAUGGGGCCCCGGCUACGGUCCCUGGUAUAAAGGUCCUGGUGGUCCUGGCAAGGGGCCCUGGGGUCCUGGACACCCCCACGGGCCCGGCGGCCCCGGCGGACCCCCAUGGGGCCCCUGGGCCUCCGAAUGGUCGACCCUGACAGCCUGGCCCUCGACAUGGUCGGCGCCCUGGACGAACUGGUGGGCCGGCACCGCGUGCCCCGGGUCCGACUGGCCGGGCUGGACGGUCGGGCCGUGGAGCACGAAUCCGCCGUGGACGUCGUGGGCGGGCUGCACGGCGAAGACGAGCGUCGUUAGCGUCGUGAGUCCGACGGUCAGUGGCGGGGUCGCGAGUACGGUUGUCGGGGUGCAGGUUGCGGCUGCUGAGGGGACGACGAGUGCAGGGGGAGGGGGAGCGGCGACGGCGUCGAGUACGGGGGGUGCGGUUAGGAGGACGGGGGUGCCGGUUGCGGUUGUGGGUGCUGCGGCGGCGGUUUGGGGGGUUGUUGGGGGGUUGUGA